UUGUCUGGUCACUAGUUUACAAUUUAUGUGUUUCUAUUAUUUUUGUCCCAGUGCUCCUAUUACUCAAAUUAAGAUCUACCAACUCCUGCACUUUGAAUCCAAUGAUGUGGGGAAAUGAUGACAGUUUGAGGGAGGGGUGUGUGUGUGUGUGUGUGUGUGUGUGCGUCCGCUCCAUGUAGUGUGUCCCCCGUUAUUCCAGUUAAUUUGUGACAGAAGUACUUAUCGCAAUGCACCUUCUCUCUGUGAAAUGUAUGAUGUUUCCCAUUUGAUUCACAGAAGGACUCCGAUAUUUCUGCCCAGGAUGAACUGUAUGGUUCUAUUGGUGGUGGUUCUGGGCUUGUCAGCCGCUGGUGCACGCACACACCGCCCACACGGCUCCAUCCCCUCACUCUACAAGACUCAUGGCAACACUUCUAGCCGUCAGGCGCAUGGCAAUAAACAAGACAUUCUGGCCUCGAGCCGGGCAGCACUGGUGGUGACGGAGCGCAGGUACCUGAAGAGGGACUGGUGUAAGACUCAGGCCCUGCGGCAGACUGUGAGUGAGGAGGGCUGUUUGAGCCGCACGGUCAUCAAUCGCUUCUGCUACGGCCAGUGCAACUCGUUCUACAUCCCACGGCAUAUCAAGGACCAGGAAUCCUUCCAGAGCUGUGCUUUCUGCCAGCCACAGAAGUUCACCAUGCUCACAGUAGAACUGGACUGCCCAGAACUGCAGCCAACCUUCCGUCAUCGCAAGAUCCAGCGGGUCAAACAGUGCCGGUGUAUCUCCAUCAGCCUAAGCAAGUCAAGUGAGCGGUGAGGUGGGAUUUGGCUUGUGCUAUUUAGUAUGAUUAGUAUGAUACACAAAAACACCCAAAGACCUUGGUAAACCACAUCUCUGAUUAGACACAGCAAAUAUUGAGGACGCCUUCUAUUACGAUAUACACAGUAUAAUGUGCAGCAGUCAACAUCAAGCUCCUACUUAACAUCUGUUAUGCAAGUUAACACCACAGACACUCAGACAGGAAAACAACACAUUGCAUCCCGUGGAUCAGCACAUCCCUCCUGCUCAUAGUGAAAACCUUUCCUGAAUACAUUUGAUUUCAUUCACAGGCCU